AUGGGCGAAUUUUUCUUUCUUCUUUUUACUAUUUUGUUGAUUCAUUUCGGAAACACAGCCACUUUAGAAAGACCAGAAAUCUCGAUUUCUAUAAUCCCAUCGUUAAACUGUGAUCCAUUGGGGACGGUUCAUCGACAAUUUGAUCGCUGCAUUUGUCGUUUGUAUUUUCACGGCGAGCGUUGCGAGAAAAUCAUUCGAUGUCAGAGUGGACGACCGCGAAAUGUGACUUGCCCAUCCGAUUCACGCAGCGAGAUUUCCCCUUUUCAUCCACUUCGAGAGCAAAUCUUAAAGCGAUGUGUGAAAGGACAACAAAACGUUGAGGUUUGUGACUGUUUCCCCGGAUAUUCGGGUGCUCUUUGCGAAAAAACUCAACAACGCUUCUUGCCCAGUUCAAUCUAUCAGCGUCCUUCACCCGUUGAUGUAGAGAAAGGAUUCGAAGAAGAAAUGGGGAUAAUCAAUGAGAAAAUUGAGACAAAGCUGAUUCAAGAAGCCGAUUGGUCAGCGAGAAGGCCAGCUUACAAAAUGCUGUUAUUCCUUGUGGAUUUGUUGAUCUUCUUCGCAAUUCUCGUGUGUUGUCGCUGGAUUUGGAUGAAAACCGUUCAUCGAAAUAGGAAAAGGGAGGAACGAGUGUACAAUUUGUUGAGACAGAUCGAGAGACUCGAGCAUCAGACACCGACAACAAACGAGUCUCAACCAGCUGGAAAUGUUCAAAUUGAGAACCCACCAACAUAUGAAGAGGCUGUGCUGAGGAGUAAACAAUUGAAAAAUGAGGUGGCAGCUCCCAGAAAUCAGUUAGCUGCUUCUUUGGAAAGAACACUUGACGAUGGUGAAUUUGGACAAGCGCUCAACGUUGAAGGAGUUAAAGAUGAAACUGUACAAAACGUGUUAAACAUUCAAAUCGAGGCCUCAACAAGUCGAUCAACUCGAUCAAUGAGUACAAAUGAACCAACUGGGAAACGAUUAUUUGUUCAUGUG